UGACAUAGUUUAAAUUCAUUGCCGUCAGGGGUACUUGGAGACGACAGUUAAACCGAUGACGUGUUUCUGCGUCUGAGUUUAGCUAGCCAACGUCGCCAUGACAUCGCCUACAAACGUUAUCGGGGAUUUCUAUUGGAGAAGCAGUUUCUGCUUAUCUUCAUACUGUGCUGUCUUUGUUAAUAUUCUCUUACGAUAGUCACUCACUCAUUUUGCCUGGACACUGAGGGUGGAUGUAAACGACUACACAGAGCUAUGAAAACUGCGGGCGUAAAAAUGAGCUAAUUAGUUAUGUGGGCGUAAAAAUGUGAUAAUUAGUUAGCUUGACACGUUGCUUUUGAUGGAUUUUCGUUUCUUCCUUUUAUUUUGUUCGCGAGCAAAUGUAGCUUGCUAGCUAACGUUAGCCAGUAAGCUUAUUUUUAAUGUUUCCAGGUGACGAGCGACAAGACUCAGGUGAAGUGUAUUGUUGUGAAUUAACCGUCGUUCUGGAUCAUUCAAUACUUAUUUUUAUAAAAUGUUUUGCAAUGCAGUUAACUGCCAUGUCCAACGUUAUUGUUGUUAGCUAGCUCGCCAACUUCAUGACCGCUAUGGCUUCAGCAGCUGGCGCAUCUGGUUCCAAGGUAUAACUUAAUGAAUGACACAGCCGCGCGGGAUAACGCGUUGCUUGGAGCGCGCUAGUUUACCAGCGGAAACAUAUUUGAACUAACUAAGUUUUCAUUGUACGCGACCCUUGUGAUGCACAGAUACGAUGGCAGACAGCGCUCGAGCUAAGAUUGAUAAUUCCAUAAUGGAAAGCCCACUCGUUAGCCCCUUGUUCGGGAGGGAAAAGCCUCCACAGUCCCCUGGCUCUCGCUCAAGGUACCAGGUCAGCGCACCCGGACACAGUUUUAGGAAAGUGACUCUCACCAAGCCAACGUUCUGCCACAACUGCAGUGAUUUCAUAUGGGGUCUUAACGGAUUCAUUUGUGAAGGGUGUAACUUUAUGUGCCAUGAAAAGUGCCUGAAGAUGGUGAGGACUGUGUGUGCAUGCAUGGCCCCAACACAGGUCCCUGUCGCCCAUUGCUUUGGUCCAGCAGGGCAGAAAAAGAGAUUCUGCUGUGUGUGUCGAAAGCAUCUGGAGGGAAACACUGCCGUUCGUUGUGAAGUUUGUGAGCUGCAUGCCCACUAUGACUGUGCUACGUUCAGUUGUGGCGACUGCCGUCUCUGUCACCAGGAUGGGAGUCAGGACUUUGAUACGUUCCCCCACCACUGGCGGGAGGGGAACAUUCCUUCAGGUGCACGCUGUGAGGUCUGCCGGCGCACCUGUAGCUCCUCAGACGUCCUGGCGGGGAUGCGGUGUCAGUGGUGUGGUAUUACGACACACGCUGCCUGUUAUCUCAUCGUGGCCCCAGAGUGCAGUCUGGGACGGCUACGCAACAUGCUUCUUCACCCUGCUUGUGUGCGAAUAUGCUCGAGGAACUUUAGCAAGAUGCACUGCUACCGCAUCUCUGAGAGCUACCAGAAUGAGCUGGAUAACUUGGAAGAUGCUGACAAACCUACAAAGGAGAGCCAGCUGGCAACCACACCAGAUUCAGGGAAGCAGGUUCUCAAGGUGUUUGAUGGGGAUGAUGCAGUCAAGCGUAGCCACUUCCGUUUGGUCUCCAUUCCUCGGAUAACCAAGAAUGUGGAAGUGGUGGAGUCAGCGUUGAGGGCCUUUUACAUCCCAGAUGACCCCCUGGAAUAUGAGCUCCAAGACAACGGCCAGCAGGCUCUAGUCGAUGACGACGUCCUCAACCAUAACGGCACCCCCGAUAGCAAGGCCAUCUUUAAGGAGAAUGUGCCCGAGGCGUGGCUCCUAAGGGCCAAACCUCAGGAAACCGAGGUCCUCAAGAUCUAUGCCGGCUGGCUCAAGGUUAUUGUGGCGUACAUAUCCAUCUCCAAGAACAGCUCUGUGGAUUCUGUCAUUAAGGAGGUCCUCACUCAACUGGGAAAACAGGAUGAAGACCCAUCAAGCUUCAAUCUUGUGGAGGUUUACAUGGGCAGUAAGCAAGUUCAGAGACAAGUGCUGACAGGCCACGAGCUGCUGCUGGACAAACUGCAGGAGAUAAGGAAGAUCUCCCUGAGGCAGAUGAACCAGACCCGUUUCUACAUAGUGGAGAGCAGGAACAGGAUUGUGCAGGUCAACCUGCUGCUAGAGGGACUGCCUGUACAGCUGAGCAAGGAGGAAUAUGCAGACCUGCUACAGGAGCACUUAGCUAUCAAGAGUCACUUGGUCACCAUCACACAUGUUUACGGGAACCAAGGUGCAGUGGUGUUGCAGAUAUCGUGUUUCUCUGAGGCUGAGAGGAUCUACAUGUUAGCCAAAGACACGUCUGUCAGCAACCAGCAGCUCACCUCUCUUGUCCUACCAGAGAUCAUGCACAACAAGUUACCCAAAGGUGACUCRCCCCUACUGGUGUUUGUCAACCCCAAGAGCGGUGAGCUGAAGGGCAGAGAGCUCCUCUACGGUUUCCGGAAGCUUCUGAACCCCCACCAAGUGUUUGACAUGACCAAUGGGGGACCAUUGUCUGGACUCCACACGUUUAGGGCGGUGCCCCGCUUCCGGGUGCUGGUGUGUGGGGGAGAUGGGACAGUGGGCUGGGUCCUGGGAGUCUUGGAGGCCAUCAGACACAAGCUGGUCUGUCCCGAGCCACCCGUCGGCAUCGUCCCACUCGGCACAGGUAACGACCUGGCGCGGAUCCUGCGCUGGGGGGCGGGCUACAGCGGAGAGGACCCACACCACAUCCUGGUAUCUGUGGACGAGGCGGAGGAGGUGCAGAUAGACCGUUGGACUAUUCUGCUGGAUGCACAGGAGAUCACAGAUGACGGCAAGGAGAACGGCUUCUUGGAACCACCAAAGAUAGUGCAGAUGAACAACUAUUUUGGGCUGGGCAUCGAUGCUGAAGUCAGUCUGGACUUCCACCAUGCCCGUCAAGAGGAACCUGGGAAGUUCAACAGCAGGUUUCACAACAAAGGUGUGUACCUGAAGGCGGGUCUGCAGAAGCUGAGUCACACACGGAACCUUCACAAGGUCCUCAAACUACAGGUGGACAAGCAAGACAUAGAACUGCCCAGCAUAGAAGGCCUCAUCUUCCUAAACAUCCCCAGCUGGGGCUCCGGGGCAGACCUGUGGGGAUCAGAGGGUGACUCGCGCUACGGGAAACCUCGCAUUGACGAUGGCAUGCUGGAGGUGGUGGGGGUGACUGGGGUGGUACACAUGGGCCAGGUGCAGAGCGGCAUGCGCUCUGGGAUCCGUCUCGCCCAGGGCAACUACGUGCGUAUCACAGCGACCAAGCCCAUCCCUGUGCAGGUGGAUGGAGAGCCCUGGAUCCAGGCCCCCGGACAUAUCAUCAUAUCUGCAGCAGGCCCAAAGGUGCGGAUGCUGAGGAAGUCCAAACACAAGCAGAAGAAGCAGUCAGCCCCUCUUUUAGGCUGGCAAUCUGAAAGCCCUUCGUCCAGCGAUGGGGGACAAUGAGGCCCCCCCCCCAACAUCUGCUCCUUGGUGUCUCCGUGAGAGCAUGAUGGUCUGUUGGCUGCUCUAAAUAGCUGUGGCCUGUGUGCCCAGUAGAUUCUCAGAUGGUUUGUGUAGUUAGCACUUAUAGCUCCUAGAGUGGUACAUUGACAAAACAUUUAGCAGUCACUCCCAUUAUCAUCUUACUGCUUAUCAAUUUCACUGUUGUUGGGUUCGGUUUGCCCCUGUUAGGAUCCUUCAGAUUAGCUUCUUGUCUAAUUUGUUGGUUUAUUUUUUGUUUUACAGUCCAUCAGAGUUGUUAUGGCCUGGUAUUUUAUGAGCGACAUACAUGGUAACAAUUUUAUAGUGGUACUAUCUGGUACUUAUUAAAAAUGAUUCAAUAAUACAUUCUGAAACAAGUAGUAAGUACUAAGUAGAAUUUGGUACCAAGUAGUUACAAUGAAUCAAUAAGAUACCGAGAUGUACUAUAUAUAUAUAUAUAUAUAAUACAUCGCACACAAACGUUUGUGGACACCCCUUCAAAUGAG